UCACUGCGCUUAUCGCCUUUCAGUCACUGCUCCAAACGCGCAUAUGCUCUGUGGCCCGAGCGCGCACUGCACGCACCGGAUAUCCACAGCUCGCCUGCCUCUGCUCGUGCUCACAGACAAACCGUGUGCACUUUUAAACGCUUAUGCCUGCGCUUUUGGAGGUAAUGUACCGCGGUGACUGGCAUGAACGCUUGGAAUAAGUUUUACCAAGGUGCACCGAGCGGCCACGACCCCAGCUGCCGCCUGUAAGCGCUCAGGGACGGGGGAGUAGGGGCCACCAUGAGCAGCAGCUGUGGAAGCGGCAAGCAUGACCCGCUGGAGGAGAACCGCAUGGACUCGGGUAUCGACUCGUAUCAGUCCAUGUACAAGUCCGAGGAACCCCGCGACGUGAGCUCCGACUUCAGCGGGCCCAGGGACAAGUUUGCGUCCGUGGAUGAGCGUCUGGACUCGGCGUACGGCUCGUCGUCCAUCACCGUGGAGAGUCUGGGGGAAAUCGUCCAGAGCUGCUCGAUUUCCACGUCGGACCCCGAGGCGCCCCAGGAGGAGGAGAACCCGCUCACGAUAAUCACGGAAGAUGGAGACACAAUCUUGCACCUCGCCAUCAUUCACGAAGACGAGAAGUUUGCCCAGCAGCUCAUAGACCUCUUCCCCAAAGAGGUGCUGGAUAUUCAGAACAACUUGUACCAGGUAACAUGUCAAAUAAUGUAGUAGCAGUGGUAGUAGUGGUAGUAGUAGCAG